GGUUGUGUUCACACGUGGCUGGGGCCUGGAACGAUUAAUAGGCAAAUUUAUUGGAACCCAAUGAAGGCUACAUAGAAGAAUACUCUUAAACUACUGUCAACGUCAACGAUCUACAAAAAUGAUCAUCGGAAUAUUACUCUUUAUUGUUUUGGGCGUGCUGUCGCACUUCUUCAUCCUCCAUUAUAGAAGAUUCGGAAGGAUGGUGAACAAUAUACCAGGACCACAGGUGAUGCCGAUCUUUGGGAACUUGAUCGCAUUUCAAGUUUCCUCUGCGGAACUUUGGAACAUGGUACGGGAAAUGAACCGUACCUAUUACCCGAUUUUUAGGCUGUGGGGCUUUACGGAGCCGUUUCUCAAUAUUCGUCAUCCGGAUGAUCUCGAGAAAAUCCUCGGAAAUCCAAAAUCUACCCAGAAAAGCUCCAUUUACAACCUUCUGCUGCCUUGGUUUAACACUGGACUUCUUACCAGCGCAGGUCGAAAGUGGCAAGAACGCAGGAAGAUAUUGACGCCUGCCUUUCAUUUCAACGUGCUGCAACAAUUCGCCGACAUUUUUAUCGAGGACUCUGAACGUGUGAGCAAAAGCCUGAAGAGCGAGGGGGGACCGGUCGUCAAAGAUCUGUUGCCGCUCAUUAGCGAGCACACAUUGAACGUGAUAUGCGAGACCGCGAUGGGAACUUCGUUGAAGGAUAAGGGUGCAUUUCAGACGAAAUAUCGGAACGCCGUAUACCAUAUGGGCCAGCUUUUAGUGUACAGGUUCCUAAGACCAUGGGUCCAAAACGACUUUCUCUUCAAAUUCUUUCCGGAAGGUUGGCGUCAAAGUAAAUUGCUUGGAAUACUACACGGAUUCACUAAGCAGAUCAUCAAAGAGAGAAAGGAAUAUCACGAGCAGACGAAUGGUGCUUAUUUAUCACACAUUGCAGACAAUCAAGGUCAAAAGAAAGAUGAUAUGUAUUUUGGAAUCCGCAAAAGGAGACUGGCCAUGUUGGAUCUUCUGAUAGCAGCGCAUCGAAACAAUCAGAUAGAUGAUGAAGGUAUCAGAGAAGAAGUGGACACCUUUAUGUUCAGGGGACACGAUACUACUGCGAUGUCUAUUUGUUUCACGAUUAUGCUUCUAGCUGAACAUAAGGAUAUACAGGAACGUGCAAGAUACGAAGUGACCGCGAUUAUGAACGAAAACGAUGGCAAAAUGACCAUGGCCGCUAUGGCAAACCUUCCGUACCUGGAACGAUGCAUCAAAGAGUCCCUUCGACUGUAUCCGAGUGUGCCGUUCAUCUCGCGUUCACCAGAGACUGACAUAACAUUAAGUAAUUUUUUGGUGCCGGCCAAUUCGAUAGUUAACAUCCAUAUAAUGGACGUCCACAGGGAUCCAAAGUACUGGCCGAAUCCGGAUGCUUUCGAUCCGGAUAGAUUUCUGCCCAACAACAUUCAAGGACGUCAUCCUUAUUGUUAUGUGCCUUUCAGCGCUGGUCCCAGGAAUUGUAUAGGACAACGAUUCGCCAUGAUGGAAUUAAAAACAGUACUAGCAUAUUUAUUAUAUAAUUUCCAUUUUGAACCUGUCGACUACCUGAAGGAUGUCUGUAUUAACACCGAUUUAGUGAUACGUCCAGCGCAUUCAUUACGAACGAAAUUUAUUCCGAUUGAAAACCCGUGUUGAUGUUCCGAAGUUGUUGGUGAAAAUUUGAUCUCAUAAAGAACAUUAAGAAAAGUGUGAAAAAUAUGCCGGUCAUUAUCACUAGCCAUUACUUUGAUAUGGAAAACGAAGGUGAAAGAAACUUGAAGACACGUCAAGCUUGAGAAAAUAUGUAUCAGAAGUAUUUUUUUGUACAUACAAUAGAAUUUGCAAUGACUAUAUUUUGUCUUGAUUUCUUACAACAUAAAAUUGUUAUUGUUUAUAUCUAGUGUUUCAAGGAUUAAAUAUUUGUUUUAUACCUCCACCAU